AUGACUGUUAGAGAGAAGCUUUUGAAGACACUGCAAGAGUUGGGAGAUGAAGAAUUCAGGUUCUUUAAGUGGUUCCUAGAGCAGCCGGACAUCCUGGAAGGCUCCUCAACCAUCCCAAAGAGUUAUCUGGACAAUGCAGACAGGCCGAAAACUGUUGAUAAGAUAGUACAGACCUACAACCAUCAGCCUGUGGCAGUGGUGAAGAAGAUCUUAAAGAAGAUGAACAGGAAUGAUCUAGUGGAGAAACUGUCAAACAUCAACACAAGAAAAUACGUGGAGCAGAUCCAACAGUCCCUGAGAUCAGGAAGUCUCUCUACAGCUAAACGGUCUCCUGCUCAGUGGUCAGCUCUGGCCUCCAUCUUACUGUCAUCAGGACAAGAUCUGGACGUGUUUGACCUGAAGAGAUACUCUGCUUUAGAUGAGACUCUUCAGAGGCCGCUGCCAGAGGUCAAAGCUUCAUAUAAAGCUCAGACUUAUAAGGAAAUCAUCUCCAAAAGUUCUCUGAUCUCUUCAGGAUCUCCUGAUGUCUACCAGCUGAGAACAAAGAAAGAGAAGUUUGGAAAUCUGACAAGAAAAACUGUUGGUGAGAAAAACCUGAACAAGAAAAACAAAACCAUCUUACUUGUAGGUGAAACAGGAACAGGAAAAUCUACUCUGAUCAACACUCUGUUCAACUACACCAUGGGAGUGAAGUUUGAGGAAAACAUCUGGUUUGAGAUCGUAGAAGAAGAGAAGAGAAGUCAGACAGAGAGUCAGACAUCAGAUAAGAAGGGAGGUCAGUGUGAAAGUCAGACAACAGAUGUGAUCGUGUACCAGAUCUUUGACUUUGAAGAUAUAACUCUGCCCUUCUCUCUGACCAUCAUCGAUACUCCUGGAUACGGAGACACCAGAGGGAUUGAACAUGAUGUCAUCAUCAGUCAAAGAUUAUUUGACUUGUUCCACUCAGUUGAUGGAGUUCAGGAAAUUGAUGCAGUGGGUCUGGUGAUGAAGGCGACUGAGAAUCGACUGAGUGACCGACAGAAGUACAUCUUUGAUUCAGUGACGUCUCUGUUUGGAAAUGACAUUGAGAAGAACAUCGUCGCCCUCAUGACACACUCAGAUGGAAUAACACCUGAAGAUGCUCUGAAAGCUCUUGAAGCUGCAAACAUUAAAUGUGCCAAAGAUGAGGAGAAUCAGCCCGUUCACUUCCUGUUUAAUAACCGUCAGACCACACAGAGAACAAAGAAAACAAAGGUUGCUUUAGAGAGCGCAUGGAGGGUAACAGAGAUGGGAAUGGAAGAAUUCACAGACUUCCUGGAAAAAUCUAAAUCUCAAAAGCUGAUAAUAACAGUUGAAGUGAUGAACGCACGCUUCAGAAUAACAUCCUGCAUCCACAACCUGCAAGAAAGAAUCAAGCUGAUUGAACUAAAACAGAACGAGAUCCAACAGACUCAAGAAGCUCUGAAGAAUGAAGAGUUCACUGUAGAAGUUGAUGAGGUCUACAAAGACAAAGAAGACAUCAGAGGAGGGAUGCGGUGGUUGUUUUUUUAUAAAGCAGCUGUCACCUGUAACAUCUGUGAAGAGAACUGUCACCAUCCUGGAUGCACAAUGGCCUGGUAUCCAAAACACUGUGAGGUCAUGAAAGGAGGUCACUGUACUGUUUGUACAGGGAAGUGUCCUGCAUCAGCUCAUGUGAAAGAAAAGUGGAUCUAUGUGGACAAGACCAGGAGAGUUAAGAAGACCUUUGAAGAUGUGAAACAGAAGUAUGAAAAGAAUAAGGUAGAUCGUGAGCAGAAGAAGAGCCUUCUGGAAAAUCUUCAAUCAGAGAUGGAUGAACUGAAAUCAGAGAAGAUUCAGCUGCUUACAGAGGCCUACCACCAUGUGGACCAACUAGAGCGGAUCGCCCUGAAUGUUAAUUCACUGUCUACUCAUGUCCACCUGGACUUCCUGAUUGAGAAGAUGAAGGAGAGAGGAGACACAGAGAAGGUCAAGAAGCUGGAGGAGAUGAAACGUCGAGAGGAUGAAGGAACCAUUGUUAAAUGA